GUGGAUAGUAAGGGAGAGGAGAGGCAACGACGUAAGGUAAUCCGUCUUAUUCUCUAUAUGGAGCUGAAGCGUAUGAGGAAAUAACCACCACUGACUGGCAUUCUCAAAAAUUACACAAAACCCACAUAAGCAUUCCUUCGGUUUGGCAUUUUCGUAAAUAAACUCAACGCAACAUCAUUUUUGCAACCAGCAACUAAACUCCUUCAGCUCCACGCGCACUCCACAGACAACAAACACGGAUCCAAUGGCGUCCCCUUCGCUUUUACAGUCCGCAGCUGCGUCGUUUCGUGGUCAAUUCCCAAUUCUUUCACCUCCGUUGUCCGCUAGAGUACCUUACGGAAACCCUAAAAAUGGCAAUUGGGUGGUGUCUGUGAGGGCCACUGGCGGUGUUGUGUUGGUGGAGAAAUCAGAAGCUGAAAAGGCCAAUCGCCUAAAGACCACUUACCUUGAAAAGAUCGUUCCCUUGCUCAUGGAAGAGUUCUCGUACACUAACAUUCUCCAGGUUCCGAAAAUUGAGAAGGUUGUGGUGAACUGUGGCAUUGGAGAUGCUGCUCAGAAUGCCAAGGGUUUGGAAGCUGCAAUGAAUGAUUUGGCUCUCAUUACAGGCCAAAGACCUAUCAAGACAAGAGCAAGGAACUCUAUUGCUACCUUCAAGAUCAGGGAAGGUCAACCGUUGGGCAUUGCUGUCACACUCAGAGGAAAUGUGAUGUACUCUUUCUUAGAUCGACUUAUUAAUCUAGGGCUUCCUAGGACAAGGGACUUUCAAGGUGUAAACCCAAACAGCUUUGAUGGACAUGGGAAUUACAGCAUUGGAAUUCGUGAGCAGAGUGUGUUCCCUGAAAUUCAGUAUGAUGCACUUGGUAAGCCAAGGGGAAUGGAUGUUUGUAUAGUAACCAACGCUAAAACUGAUCAAGAAGGCCAGAGGCUGUUGGCUCUCAUGGGUAUGCCGUUCAGAGAAAGUAGUGGUACUACUGUUCUGCUACGCAAGAAGAAGUUGAAGAAGCAUCAUUUUGAUUCAAAGUCAAAGGGCCGACGAUAAGAGUUUUCUACAUUUGCAUUUGGCAACUGCCAUUCGUGUAUGUACUGUUUAUGUUCUUGUCUCUAAUCUAAGGUAACAAACAUUGUUCUGAUUUUUUGCUUCAAAUGUUUAGCCUUAUGGAUGUGUUGAUAAACAUGAAUGAAAGAUGGAGAGAAAUGCGUAGUGUUGUUCUCUUCAGCUUGAGCUUGCCGGCAAUUUAAAUUCUUGAGGUA